AUGGUUGCGGGGAUAAUUCCCCUUGAUCAUCUUGCGCCCCGACUAGCGGACGUGUAUUCGACCCUUGGUGACGCGGAGGGACCUGUCCGGGCGUUGGGCGCUGAGGCCAGGAGGAUGGCGAUUGCUGCAUGGAAGGAAGAGGAGAUUAUCCUAAUAGGGGCAACGGGGAAAACGGGGGCGCGGGUAAGGGCGGCUAUUGCUGGCAGGUUGGAUGAGUGGGUUGAGAGGCCGUACUCUAUAGGUACGACCUUUCACACCACUCAGCUGAUGACUGGACAUGGCUGCUUCCCUGCGUACCUUUUCAGAAUAUGGAAAGCGGCAUCUCCGCAGUGGUUUCACUGCGGAGCAAACGUAAAUAAUGAAGAUCACACCCUGGUUUACUGCCCUGCGUAG